AUGUUCCAGCGACUGAAGGGGGCCAUCGAUUCCCGCAUUGCUGAAGAACAAGCUCGUGCAGCCAAUGCAUCAAAGGCAUCUGGCCCUCCAAUAUCCAGAUCCGCUUCGGCAGCCAGAAGGUCCAGAACCGCAGACAGUCCAGCUGCGAAACCGAAACGGCCCCGGCCGAAAGACAAUGAGGUGCCAACUGCGAGAGGACCUGACCCUUCCGAAUUCGAGAGUGCUUUUGUGAUAGAGGACGAGUCAGAGGGACCUUCAAGGGUUGGAACACCGUCGAUUGGGGACGAGAAGGCUUCUACGAUGGCGGAAAGCACGCCCCGAACAAGUGUCUCGGGCGAUGGAGGAGAGAAGGGAGGGGAAUUGCCUGUGGAUGCGCCCACAACGCCAACUCCGGUCGAAUUGCCGCUGGAAGUGCGGAAACAGCUACGGAAGCUCGAGAAGAUGGAAACAGGCCAGCUAACCGUGUACGCAGAUCUGCUGCGCUCAUACCGUAUCGCGCAUGCUCGAGCAAUUUCCAUAGAGCCGUUCGAGAAGGCUUUGAAAGAACAUACUCCCCUCACCACAAUUCAAGACCCGGACGCAUUGGUCGAAUUCCUGAAUCAUCUCAACUUGAAGGGGGACAUGGUCAUGGACGAGCUCAAAAGGGUCUCCGCCGAUCGCGAUGAAUUGAAGAAGAAAUACGAGGAAGUAGAAAAGGAGGCAUCUACGGCGAAGGAAGAACUAGCGACCCUCAAGCGUGCGGCUUCGACGGAUGAUAGUAGCACAGCUGAAAAGACAGAUUCUGCAAGCAUAGACACACCUACGACCUCGCUUAAAUCGCCAGUCGCCGCCGUCAUGGGUAUUUUCUCGCCCAAGCAGAAACCCGAGGCGAUGGACAACAAGGAUGUUAGUCAGGAGUUCUUCUCGUACGAUGAAGAGCUUCCAAAGCUGCAGGCAGAGGUCAAGGCCAAGACUGCAGAAGUCGAAGAACUUAAAUCUAAGGUCGUCACUUUAGAGAAGGAUCUGGCUGCGUCGCAGGAUUCAAGCUCUACCCUUGUCGGAGAUCUGGAGAAGGUUACCAGGGAGCUAAACGCGUCAAAAGAAGAUGUGUCCGAAGGUCAAAGCCGCAAGCAGAAAAUUGAGGCUCAAACUGAAGAGAUCCGAAACCUGAAGGAGAAGCUCCAGGCUACCGAGAAACAGCUUGUAGCUCUUGAAUCUGAUCUCUCGAAACAGAAGACGGAAGCCGAGGCGAAGUUUGAAUCUCUAGAAAAGGACCUUGCAAGCCAAAAGGAGACAUCCGCUAAGGAUCUCAAGUCUGCAGCCGAUUCUCGAAAGGUUGCCGAAAGUCUCCGUGAGACCUUGAAGUCACAAAUUAGCGAUCUAGAGACAACCAGAGCAAGCGAUGUCAAGCGAAUACAGGAGCUUUCGGAGGAAGUUAAGUCUUUGAACCAACAACUGGAAGAUGCUGCAAGUCAUGAAGGCGAGGAGAUUAUUGCUAAAGCCGCCUCCUGGGGCAGCAAAAAAGAAAAACAAGAAAAGAAAAAGGGCGGUGCUACAGCAGCUGCGACUGCCCCCAAAGAUGAUUCUACAGAAAAGUUGGCCGGUUCUGCGCCGUCUACUCCGAUGUCCAGUGAUUUGCAGGCAGAGAUUGACAGGUUAAAGAGCGAAGUCGCGGAUCGCGAUUCUCAAAUAGAGAAAUUGCAGAGCAAGCGAAAGACCGAAGCUGAACUUCGUGAAGAGCUCGAGAAUAUGCAGGAUAACUUUCUCAACAUCGGUCAAGAGCAUGUAGAAGCGAAGGAGCUAAUCAAAACUCUACGCGAAGAGAAAAAGGACCUCGAAGACAAGAUCGUCAAUUUGGAGAAGGAGAUUGAAACCCACAAGAGUCAAGCCAAGGAGUCAGAAAAGAACGCAUCAGACUUUAAGUCUUUGACGGCUGAGUAUGAGGACCUGAAGUUGAAGUCUGCCACGCUGCAGACAGAUCUUGGUGCUGCACAGCAAUUGGCUACAUCACGAUACAGAGAUCUGACCGAUCUCCGAGAGGUAUUGCAGAAGGCUCAGCCAGAGCUCAAGACUCUCCGCACCGAGAAUGCCACUCUGAAAGCCACUAAGGAUGAGCUGGCCGCCCGAACAUCAGAUCUGAGACGUCUCGAGGCCCGCGAGAAAGACCUAAAGUCGGAUAUCAAUAGCUUCAAGAAGCAAGCAGCAGACAGCCAAGUCGAGAUCCGGACCUUGAAUGAAAAGGUUACGCAGGAGACUAACAGUCGCCUUCGAGCUGAAGACCAAGCUCGCGUUGCCCAACGAGAUAUGCGAAGAGCCGAAGCCGAGAAAGUCCAGCUGGCAUCCUCCGGCGAGAAAUCCGCAACCGAGCUCGCCAAAGUACAGGAAGAAGCUGGAAAACUUCGCACCAGAGUUCGAGACCUGGAAGAGCAGGUCUCAAAGCUCACGACUGAGUCGAAGGGUCUCCGAGAAGAAGUCGAGCUCCGCGGCUCACAGUACAACAAUGCGCAAGGUCUACUGGGCAGCAUGCGCGAUCAAGCAGGCGAAAUGGCUAUGCAGCUCAAAGAAGCUAAGGAGCAGACCGAAUCCCUCGAUGAGGAACUCGCUGAAGUCCAGCGUCUAUUGAGCGAACGUACUCGCGAAGGGGAAACCAUGCGCCGGCUCCUGGCCGAUGUCGACGACCGCGCAGAUGCCAAGGUCCGCGACAUGCGCGAACGGAUGGAAGCUGCCAUUGAAGAGCGCGACCGCGCCGAAGACGAAGCUAGCACAAACGGGCGCAGACGAGCCCGCGAAGUUGACGAGCUGAAAAGCCGCAUCCGCGAUUUCGAGCGAGACCUCAAGCGGGCCAUUGACGAAAAAGGUGAGCUGGAACACGCUGAGAAGGAGUGGAAGCGUAAACGCAACGAACUUGAAGAGGUGGCCGAAAACGCCUCCAAGGAUGCAAAUGAAGUCCGGGCCGCGAUAACUGAGCUGCGAGAUGCGUUAGACGGGAGCGAGAAGCAGGCGCGCGAUGCGGAGAAGCAGCGGGCUGAUCUGAGGAAGUUGCUGGAUGAGGCAAACCAGCGGUAUGAGAAGCUUCAGAAGGAGUUCAGAGGGCUGCAGGCGAAGCAAAUAAAGAUGAGCGAGGCGGCAAGCUCACGCAGCUCGCUGGACAGCAGUGGGAGAGAAGGAGGUAACGGAGGUGGUGCUGGGAAGAUGGAUUAUGUUUAUUUGAAGACGAUCUUGUUGCAGUUUCUGGAGCAGAAGGAUAAGAAACGGCAAGCGGAUCUGGUAAAAACAGUCCUGGGACAGCUGCUGCAUUUCGAUAAGUAA